AUCAGAAAGUUCGUGAAAAUAUGGUUCUUCCUGCAGCUGCUCAUUGAACCGUUUUAGUUGAUCUUCGGAUGCAAUAAUUGGAAUUUCAACUGAUGAUGUGCGUAUUGAUAUUUGCUGCUCCUUUGUAUUCACAGAUUUCCUUUUAUGGUCAGUGCAAUAACUUAGCUCAGGCCAUAAAAGCGACAUCGGCUUCAUCAUCACUCCGGACAUUCCUUCGAUUCUCGAUAUUCCAUCCAGAACCUUGCUGUUAACUUUUGCACUCUCUGGGAUUGGAUCAGGUGUUGCUGUAGCGCUGGUGGAAAGUGGUGUACUGCAUGAUGCCGGGGGCGCGACCUUUGCUGAAGUAAUCAGGGAAGUAUUACUGAUGAUAAGCUUUGGUCUGUAGAGUUUUCCGGGUUUUAAAAUAGCUGGAUUGUUCAUAUCUUCCUUUACAGAAGAGUGUGGUGCUGCAGAAACUAGAUGGUUGGCUGGAUGGUUGCCUGAUGGUAUAGUACUGCAAGAUGCCUGGGACGGAACAGUGCUGCAAGUUUUCAUCGUAAAUGCUGGUCGGUAAAUUUUAUGUCGUUUGAUAAUCACAGGAUGUUUGCUUAUGCUUUGUGUUACAGGAGGGAGUGGUGCCAGUGCUGCUGCCGAUGAUAAUUUGGUUCCGAUGGUUCUGGAUGGUACUAUACUGCUGGUAGUGGAAGCUUUUACUAUAGGUGCUGGUCGGUGUAGAGUUCUCUUUAUUAGUAUUCGUUGUUACACGGUUAUUGAUCCUCUCGUGGCGACCGUUGCCAUCCAACUGCCGCUUAUCCUUCAUUCCCCCAAGUCCGUCGUUUACAGCCCGGUCUCAAAGAGUCGCCCUAAUUUUCCUCGAGUUUACCUUCUAUAAUCCAAUACUCUACAGUCGGUAAAUUCUUUGUGUUUUGAUAAGCAUAGGUGCCGGUCGGUGCAAUCUUUCAGUUUUGAUUUGCAUCAGAUGAACAUGUUCGUUUUUAUUUCUAGGCGAUAGCGGUGCUGGUGGUGUAUCAACGACACUGGAUGUUGGUGUAAUGGGUAUAAAUGGCGACGGAAUCUUCGAAGAUGGGGCUUGCAAAAUGCUAACGGUAGGUGUUGACCGGCAAAGUUUGUUGUUUUCGGUGGUCACAGGUUCAGAAUUUUUUAUUGCAUUUACACAUGCUGCCAAUGUUGCUGCAACGACGGAGGGUGGUGCUGUUCCGGAUGAUGGAGAUGACUUUAUCGUUAGCCCCGGUAACUUGACCUUAAACGCCAGCAAAGUGUAGGAGGGAUUCGCAGAUGCCGGUUCCCGGGAAUGCAAUGCCGGGUAAUAUAGCAACCAUGGGAGAACUGCAUGAAAGCAAACGAUUAACUGGUCUAAACGUUCCUUAAAGCUUGCAGUUUAAGGGACGUUUAACGGUCCAAUUUAAGGGACCGAUAGCUCAAAAAGCUAUAGCUAAAGCAAUAGCUCUUUCGCUUCACAAUGAGUGGAAGCGACGCGUCCAAUACCUCGAUUGGGUCCACCAUCAGAGCGUUCUUUGGAAGAAGCUUCAAUACCCCGAGAUCCCCUUCCUCUGCACCUACCCCGGAUAAUUCAGAAGAAACAUCAAGCGUAACCCCUGAUGUCACAGAAGAACGAAACGACAUGGAGGACCGUAACCCCCAAGAGUCGACGCUGAUGCUGGAACCGUCGCAAAGCAGCAGCAAACUACAGGCUGCGUUAGCAACGGCGAGGGAGUUGCAUUUGUACACGAAGGACCGGCACAUCGUGCAUGCUCCUAUCAAGAAAAUGGCAGUGAAAAUACUGUCAGACCUAGGCAGCGUUGAACGGGAGCUAUUUUCUUAGAAGCAGCGGGCAGAGAGAGCUGGAAUCAUAGGCGAACUUAUGUUAUUUUGCACACUCACUACAUUGCACCUUAAAGACUAUUUUUUCGGACACCAUGGCGUUGUGUUGCAUUAUAAUAACGGCACUAUACAUUCCCUAUAAUGACGAUCAGGUUUUUGUACAUUCCAUUCAACGAAGGAUAACGAUGGAGGAUGAAGUGAUAAAUAUGAUCCUUGUUAGGUUCAAUAGUGUUCUUGGUGCAUUCCAAGCAAGCGGCAUAGUUUACAACCAGUUUUGUAAUUGAAGUACACAUUGAAUACCUACGCUAUUAAAACGGAACAUAUACUGAACUGCAGAGUCAAUACGUGUCGAAAUCUUUUAUGGGUAAAAAAUGGUUAGCGUUAUGGUUCAAUACAAUUGUGUAAAACGUACGAUAUAUUUGUAUUAUUCAGUUGGAUAGUAUAGGUACCUAAAUUGACGCGAAAGCACUGUCUAGUAUAAACAUACAACGAUUGUAUACAUUUGUCGCAUUUUUGAUCAAAGCAAAUAAAGUGAUAAUAAUGAAAGUUUUGGCCGCUGUGAAAAGCUUGACCGAGCUGAAAAAGAUAACGGAAGACGAGCAGGCUUUGGUUCGGUUGUUGCAGGAAGCGGAAAUUUUACCACCCGUUCAAUUGUGCAACAAGUGCAAUCGCCGGAUGAAAUUGAAAGCAACUCGGAAGGCAAAUUCUUGCAAGUGGAUUUGCAAGCCUACAUCGAGCUGCACGGGGUGGGAGUGUACUGUCCGUACGGACAGCAUUUUCAAAAAUUCCCGUUUAUCUCUGUCUAAGUUGAUAGAGAUAACGUAUGAAUGGUCGCGGGAUACGAAGCGAUCUAGCGCUGCAGCCGAGUGUGGGGCAGGCAAGAGUGCCAUUGGGAAGUGGUUCUCUAUUCUGCGGGAAGUAACGGCAGAACAUUUUGAAUGGAGCCAGGGGCAAAUUGGUGGGGAUGGAUUAACCGUCGAAAUUAACGAAUCCGUCCUCACCAAAAGAAAAUACAAUCGCGGUCGCGUCUCAGCCAACAACCAAGUCUGGGUGGUUGGCGGCAUCUGUCGCGAAACGCGAGCAAUUUUUUUGGAGCUGGUUGAGCAACGUAAUGCUGCAACAUUACACCGCAUCAUCAACCAGCAUGUGGCUCCGGGUACAACGAUCGUGACCGAUAGUUGGCGUGCAUAUAAUGGAAUUGAUCAGCGCGGUUUUAUUCACGAAACCAUAAACCACUCGAAAAAUUUUGUGGACCCAAGCGAUCCUUUUGUGCACACACAAAAUAUUGAAAAUUUGUGGCGCUGGGUUAAGCCCUUUAUUCGAUCCAAAGGCACAAAGCGAGGAGUGCUGAUUAAGUACAUACGCAAGUACGAAAUGAAACGGCAGAACCAGAACAGCUUCCUGAGUGUGUUGCAGGCCAUCAAAGCUGUUCAAGAUUUUGCGCAAGUGUUCGAUAGCCAAUAUCUAAAAGCGAUCAUGUUAUAAUAACUAUUCUCACUCAAAACUUGCAAUAUGAUGGCGAAUAUUUUUUCAACGACAUUAUCCGACAAUGUCCUUCCCUUACGGAACCUACGAAUUACAAUGAACCAGUUCGUCAUACUAUUCGUCACUAAAUUCAAACUAAAGGCCUAUUGCCUUUUUCCAAACCAAGGCGACUCGAUCCCGAGAGACAUAAAAUAGCACUUGUAAAAUUCCAGCACAUGCUGGAAUUAAGGAAUUAAGGAAUCUGUCGCGUGUCUUCAUCCUCAGCUUCGUCACUGUGGCGAUUACAGGCAAUUUAACGCAAUAACACUGCCGGAUCGCUAUCCGGUACCUCAUGUACAGGAUUUCACCAUGCAUUUGCAAGCUACAUAUCAUUCAAUACAAUAUUUUCCAAGCUACAUAUCAUUCGUCCAUACCACCUUAUUCCCAUGGCUGAGAAAUACAUUCCCAAAACAACGAUUACAACACAUUUUUUAUUUUGUUUGAAUUUCUCACGAUGCCAUUUGGUCUGAGAAACGCCAGUCAAACAUUUCAAAGGUAUAUGAACAACAUUUGCAAUUUUCAAUUUUGACAAAUUAAAUUGUCAAAAUGCGUAUUGUGCGUACCAACAAUCGAUUUUCUGAGCCAUGCCAUUUCUUCUAAAGGCAUCAUUUCGAAAACUGAUAAGGUUGAAGCAAUAAAGAAAUUUCUUUCGCUUAUAUCAGUAAAUCAACAACAACGCAUUGUUGGCAUGGUUAAUUAUACCACAAAUAUCAAGCCACCUUAAACCAUCGUAUGAACUAAUAGCAGAACACGGCAAUAAAAAAAACCAAAAAGAAAUACGUUUGGUCUGAGAACUGUGAGCGCGCCCUGCAACAAGUAAAAGAUACUAUAGACUAUACCAGAUGCUUCCUACUCAUUGACAGCAGGCAGUAGGAGCCGUUCUGCAAUAACACAAUCAAGGAAGCCGGGGACCUUUGGCGUUCGUCUCGAAAACGAUGACGGCAACUAAACAAAGGUCCACUUUCGACAGGGAGUUGCUUGCCAUUGUCCUUGGCAUCAAGCAUUUCCAUCACUUCCUUGAAGGCAGAUCCUUCACCGUUUUUACCGUUCGCAACCCACUAACUACUGCACUCGCUUCAAAAUCAGACAUCUGAAAUUCAUCUCACAAUUCACAUCCGUCAUUGAAAAUAUGAGAAGAUUGUUAGUGAACGUACUAACGAACACUCAUUUCCCGUGAUAUAUGUGAUUGGGAGUAUCUCUGAUCGGAAAGCAUUCCAACCUGUCAGAAAUCAUGCGGAAUUGCUGAAUAUAUUAAUAUUCUCGAUCACGUGGCAAUCCACAACCCCAAGCAAAAAGAUUCGACUUGUCAAAAGCAAAUGCAGGAAUGUUUCCCUCUAAACAAUAUCCCGUGCUUACACUGAGCGAAGCUCAGAAAGAACUCAGAAAGCUCGUGUAGAGCUAGACUGCGGUCGGAUGAUUUUUCACAUGCUGUUCGCUUCUCUUGCGUUAUUCCCUCUUGCUCGUACUCAUUCCUCACAUGGUGUCCUGUUCGCGCAAGUCUUGUUUGCUCCCUCACAUAGUGUUCUCUACACAUUAAGUUCUACUUCAGCGUCUGUAUCGAGCGAGGGUCCCCGCCCGAAAUGCCGUCGUCAGAUCCGGAAGCAUCGCUAUCGGAGGCAAGCGAACCGUUGUCCGAUUACAUCGGCGACAGUGAUAGCUAUUCCUACGAUAGCGACGCCGGUGUCCGGACAGUUGAAGACCUGCCGCUUGUCGAUGGCAUUCGACACUGGGCCUUGUCGAAUAACGCCACGCAUCGAUCCAUCGACAUGGUCUUGAAGUUGUUCCGGAAGGCAGGUGUUAGAGUGCCCGUUACCGCCAAAACGCUGCUGCAAACGAGGCGAAAUUCAUCGACGGAGAUUGCACAAAUCGGCGGUGGCCAGUACUGGUACACCGGAUUUAAAAAAAAAGUUGUCCACUUAUUUUCGCUAAGUGCAAAUAAUAGCAUUUGUGCAUAGCGGCAAUUUUUUUAUCUUUCUUUUGUGUUACAGAAACCAGGAUCCACCAGCCAAAUUCACGUUGACGCUAUCUGUCGACGGUUUACCGCUGGACAGAAGCGGCUCGUGCCAGUUUUGGCCGGUGCUUUUCUCCGUCGAUGAGUUGCCAGCAGCGCCGGUGAUGACAGCGGCAAUUUAUUGCGGCUUGAAAAAGCCCGAUAGUGUCGAACAGUAUUUGCGUCCAGUAGUGACUGAGCUCAACGAGCUUAUUAGAAACGAUUUGCAGAUCAAGGGGAAACUCAUUACCUGCAAGCUUCGCGCCAUUGUCGCAGACACUCCUGCGAGGUCGUUCGUAAAAGGGAAAAAGAAAAGAGUUUUUUAUAAAUUUUAAUAAUCGUUCACAUGGACAGACUAGUAUUUUAUUUCCUUUUCAUUUUACUAGGCGUUAUAGGGCACACCGGUUACGGUAGUUGCCUUAAAUGUACGGUCCAAGGACACCAUAGCACAACGGCACGAACUAUGGUGUUCCCGUACUCAAACGCGCCCAAACGGACCGACCGAGGCUUCAGGGAUGAUGUUUACCCCGGACAUCGCAAAACCGCUACGCCACUGCUGGAUUGCGCCGGGUUCGACAUGAUCGAAGAUGUUCCCGUGGCCGAUCGGCUGCACCUGCUGGACCUGGACAACGUCCGUCGGUUGAUGAUGGGUUGGCGAGACGGGACGCUAGGCGAGCCGAAGUGGAACGAAAGAAAGCGCCACAGUUUUUCGUUGGCUUUGCAGCAGACAGCACAGCCUUGUGAGGUGCAUCGCAAGAUACGGCACUUAAAAUAUUUGGGGUAUUGGAAGGGUUCGGAAUUUGCCUUUUUCUUUCACUACAGCUCCUUUGUAGUGUUAGAGGGGUUUAUUCUACCCAGCCGCUACGAACAUUUUAUGUUGCUGUUCUGCGCGAUCACCUUGCUGUCUGCAAAGGUCCACCAGGCAAAGUGGCCACUCGCUGUGCAGAUGCUGGAGAAGUUUGUAAGCUUGGGUGAACCCUUGUACGGAGAAAAGUUCAUGACCAGCAACGUCCACAAUUUGCUGCAUGUGCACGAAGAAGUGGUUCGUUUUGGUUCCCUGGCCUCCAUUUC